AUGGCGCCUCAAGUCAGUCGCUCCGAGUUUCCAUGGAGCAGUCCGGUUGUCAUUGUCAAGUCUGGAGAUGUAGCUCUCACCAAAGAGGAACUCGCGGACUUGGUCCUUGGCUCCCUCGCUGCGGACGCUUUGGGUAAUGACUCAACCCCAGUUGAGAAGCCGACCCUGAAUGUCAAACCAACACAUCCGUCGCGCGAUCUCAGGAAAGAGAACGCAGAGCUCAAAAAAGCGCUUGAGCAGUGCCGAAAGCGCGAAGGUGCUAUCCAGGCUGUGUUUAUCAAGAACCACGAGAAAGAGCAAGAAUUAUCCGCAAAGGAGCGAGAGCUAGAUGACAAGCAUUCCAAGCUGGCAAUCUACGAAGCAAGGCUGGAGGUUGAGAAAAAGGACUCCUCUAACUACGAGUUCUGGGCGGACCACACGCCCGCACAAGCCGACCGGAAACUGAAGGCACGCGUCGAAUACCUUGAGCGUGAGUUGGCCCGGUGCCUGGAGCGCGAGGACGCAGUUCUGGGGGCGCUCAAUGAGAAUCAGAAGAAAGAGCAGCAGCUGGCUGAGAAACAAUUGAAGCUGGAAAAGCAAGAGCAAUGCCACAUAUGUGAGAGUAAACUACUGCAGAUCACGCAGGAUGCUCUGGAAAAGCAAAAUCGGUGCAUCGAUAUGUAUAUUGCAGAACAAAACCUUGUGCUUGAGUCCUACAGAACUGGAUCCGCGCAGUCAGAUGCUGAGGUGGAAUCCGAAAGCAAUCGGAAGUGGACGGCUACUCUGCAACAACCUCGUAGUACCAUCCUGUCAUGUGGAGAUUCCAAGAAGCUGUUCGACAACGAAUCUUUCGCACAUCUGGACGAGUAUGACUUUGAGCUGUUCAAUUCAACAGUCAUGAAGUCCCGCGAUGUAGAGCUGCUCCGGAGGCACGACUACUACAAAGGCUGGCUUGAUGCAAAGAAGGCCGAAGACGCGGAGCAUGCUUUCAAUGAAGGACUUUUGGGAGAACGUGACGCAAAAUAUCUCUGGGACAUCGGUGAUACUAGGAGUGCAUCCAAUGCAGGUCACAAUGUUGGCGCUUCGUUCGGUUGGUCUGCUCUAUGUGUGGAGCUUGACGAGAAGGACAAGGAUCCCCGACUUGAUGGCAGGCAGUGGGCUCUUGCUGACCUGGUUCCUCUGACGGGAGCACAGAGCAAGGAUUUCUGGGAGGGUGUUAGGGCUGGUUCGGACUACGCCGCCAAAAACUUCAUGGAGAGGAAGAGGAGCGGGAAUUGGUAUGAGACUGUCGAUGGACACGAGGCAAUAGCGUGA